ACAAGAACAAAAUAAAUAAUAUUAAAUUGCAAAAUCAAAAACAUUAACAACAAUCAAACACAGGACAAAAAAAAAUCAAAUAAUAAAAAGUUGUUUACUAAAUUAUUAAUAUGAGAAAAUAUAAUGCAAUAUUUACAUAAAAUAUUAUAUGUGUGUGUAGACAAGUUAUAUUAGAAUUCUAUCAUAAUAUUAUAUUAUAUUUCUUAUAUAUAUAUAUGUGUAGGCAUAUGCAAUAGAACAGUGUCAUGGAUAUCCUUUUUGAAUAAAUUAAUAUACAUUUUUACACUACGAAAACAAAAAUAAAAACCAAAAAUAAAUGAAAAAAUAACAGAAUAAGAAAAAAUACCUCUGCAUUUAUAUUAUAUAGUUAAAAGUCCCGGCUUUUUUUAUUUAUUGUUUUCAUUUUUGCUUGGGUUAUCAAAAAAACAAAAAAAAAAAAAAAAUUUUUUUUUUGUAGAACAUGCGCUUUAUACAAUAACAAAUAAAUAUUUAUUGUUGUCAAAGCAACGGAAUUUCUAAGUUAUCAAAAAUAACAAAAAAAAAAAAACACGAACGGUAACACAGUCAAGUGAUAUUAUUAUGACAUUUCGGGGAAAAAAAAAUAUAAGAUAUUUUAAUAUAACUACAAAACAAUAGAUGUCGCAUACAAUAUAACACUCUAGUGUUGAGAAAUCAAAACAAGUUUAGUUAAAAAAAUUAUUUACACAAAAUUAAUGUAUGUAUAAUCAUAUGUUUGUAUUUAUGUAUAUGCAUAUUUCAAAUUAAAUUUUGGUAUACGCUGUUAUUAUUCAAAUUAAAAUCAAUUUUGGGAAAUUAUAAUUAAAUAUGUUUAUAUUUAAAAUUGAAAUAUCAUUAUAAUUAUUAUUCAAAAAUAAGAAAUAAAUAUAAAUAAAUAUAAAUAAAAAUAAAAUGGCAACACAACAACAGCAAAUACCAGAUGAUACAAGUAGUAUGAGUGAUGAAGUAUUUGAACCACCCGAAGAGACUGAAAGACGUAAACAAGGACUUUGUAAAGAUGAAUGCUAUUAUUUUGAUCCAAAUAAAUCACAACCAAAUAAUAUUAUAUCACCGACAUCAGAAUUUUAUACAACAAAUGAGAAUACAAUACAAUUUGGAUGGGGUGCUAAAGAAAAUACAAAUGAUUUUUGUGAUGAUUGUGAUGAUGAUUAUAAUGGACAAGAAAAAGAAGAUAAAGAAAAAGAAACAGAAGAAAUUAAUGAUGAUUGGAAAUCUUAUCCUUAUGAAGAUAAUCAAGUUGUAGAAGAUACUAUUCCAAGAAAGGUAAUACUUUUAGGCGAUUCAGGAGUUGGAAAAACUUCACUUUUAGUUAAAUAUAAUACUGGAAUGUUUAAACCUGCAUCGUUUGCAGCUACAGUGGGGGUUGCUUUAAUGGUAAGUUUAUUAAACUGAUAUUGUAGUUAAAUAGUUUUGUUUUUGUAUUAUUAUUGCAUUAUACUUGUGCAUGCAAGUAAACUUUGUAAUUAUUUCAUGGGUGUAAAUAUUGAAUUUACAAGAAUGCUUCCCAUAUACG